UCGGAGCAUCUUUCCAAUUUUAUCAUAUUUGUUUAUCCAAACUUAUUGAAUCUUUGGAGAAAGAGAACCAUGAUGAGAAGGGAGGGAACAUCAACUUUUCUUGUUUCUGUGUUGAUCUUCCUGUUCAUUGGUGAAAUUCAAGCAACAAAGCUUCAAAAAAAUUGCUUUCCUUCAUGUGGAGACAUCAAUAACAUAAGCUGUCCUUUUCGCCUCAGCGGCGAUCCAGCAAUUUGUGGAGAUCAAAACUUCCAACUUUCAUGCCAAAGCAACAAAACCAUCCUGGAAUCUCCUUCCACUGGAAGGUACUAUGUGAAGGAGAUUUCAUGUAAAGAAAAAAUAAUCAGAGUUGUCGAUGUUAACUUAGGCACUGGAACCUGCCGUCUUCCCAGUGGAUCUCAGUAUUUAGAACAUAUUAUGGGACUAGUACUCGACAGUAACUACAGUUAUGCUACAUUUUCCCGGUGCUCUCAGAGGAUUAAUGACAGGCGCUUUACAGAAAUUCCUUGCUUGAGUGAAAAUCGAUCUUAUUUUUAUGUUACUAUUGGUUAUCCAGACUAUCAGUAUCAGUUUUGCUCGUCAGAAGCAGUUACUCCUAUUUUACGGUGGUCUGAGUAUGAGCUGAUGAGUAAUAAGACGGUUCCAUAUGAAACCAUCAGCAAGAGUCUGCAGUCAGGUUUCAAUCUGACAUGGUACUUUGAUGAUGCUCCCCCCCAACAGUAGCGACAGAAAUAUAUUAUUAUUCUAGCAGAAAAUUAGAUUUUAAAACUCCAUUGUAUCAUUUCAUUCAGCACUUGCGGGAAAUUAUAUAUUAUCUAAUCUAUGAAGGCAUUUUUUGGCCGCGUAUAAUUUCCUAGCCAUAACUCCUUUUCUUAAUUUCCUAGCAUUUUGUGGUCUUUACACCCCAUGGUCAUAAGGCCUAAUUUUUAAUUUCUUUGUUGGUUUAUGCAGGUGACAUUUUCGCGGCAUAUAAGUCAGGUUUCAUGGAUGAUUAUGUGAACAUAGGAUACCUCCCUGUAGCGCUUCUUCACGUGGUGGUUCGAGUUGUUCUUAUUUGCAGAUUUAUUGGUGCUCCAAUAGUAUUAAUCGUGUACCUCAUCUGCAAAUAUAGAAAAACAAGGCAGACAGUUGAUAACGUGGAGAAAUUUCUGCACAAUCAGCAAUCCUGGAUGCCUAAAAGGUAUGCAUAUGCUGAGCUAAUGGCCGUGACAAACAAUUUUAAAGAAAAACUGGGUCAAGGUGGGUUUGGAUCGGUUUACAGAGGACAACUUCAUAAUGGUUCCUUAAUUGCAGUCAAAAUGCUAGAAAAUUCUAAUUUUUGUGCAGAAGAAUUCAUCAAUGAAGUCUCCACAAUUGGUAGAAUUCACCACAUUAAUAUAGUGCAAUUAGUUGGAUUCUGUUCAGAAGAGUCUAAACGUGCCCUUGUGUAUGAGUAUAUGCCGAAUGGAUCUCUCGAUAAGCAUAUAUUUUCCAAGCCCGGCAAAUCUCUAUCAUUUAGUUGGGACAAGCUAUGUGAAAUCGCUCUUGCAAUUGCUCGUGGGAUCGAGUAUCUUCAUAGGGGAUGUGAUAUAUGCAUUCUUCAUUUUGACAUUAAGCCUCACAACAUCUUGCUAGACCAAAAUUUCAUCCCUAAAGUCUCUGAUUUCGGACUUGCAAAAUUUUAUCCAAGGGAAAAUGAUUUUGUGUCUGUUAGUGUCAUGAGAGGAACAAUAGGAUACAUAGCUCCUGAAUUAAUUUCAAGGAAUUUCGGAAAGGUUUCUAGCAAGUCAGAUGUCUAUAGCUUUGGAAUGCUACUGUUGCAAAUGGUUGGAGGCAGAAAAAAUUCUGAUACGAGGGUAGCUAGUCCAACCAAAUCCUACUUCCCCUCCUGGGUAUAUGAUCAAAUCAAUAUCGGUGAAGAUUUGGAGCUUCAACAUGUCACUGGACAUGAAAUGGUGAUUGCCAAAAAACUUUGUCUAAUUGGGUUAUGGUGCAUACAAGUUAAGCCUUCAGAUCGUCCUUCAAUUACAAAAGUAACUGAAAUGUUAGAAGGAAACAUUGAGGAUUUGCAAUUACCUCCCAAACCCUUUUUUUUUUCUUCCUCUCCUGAGAAUGUUUCUAUGAGUGUGAUUCAAUCAGACUAUUCAACCGAUUGGUCAUUAUCUGAAUCAACAGAAGAAUACUCAUGCAAAAUUAAUGUAGCUUAAUUAGUUGAUGCAAUGAUGUGUAGAGGUAAAACAAAACCUAUGUUUGUUUGUAAUAUGAUCAUGUAGGCUUGUACUCUGGUUGUAUGAGUUUCUGAAAUUCAUGAUGUCGUUUGAAUGAUUGUCUUUA